CGAGCAGGGAUACACUAUCGGAACCAAAUAAAACAAGUCAAAAUAUGGAAAUAAAGCCUGAAAGGAUAGGAGAUCAAGCUGUCCCCUUUGAAAAGAGAAUGAAGCCUUAUGAGACCCCAACUUUAAUAGCCCAAAAAUCUCUGUUGCCUCUUGCCCAAAAACCCGUUGUCGUUAAAAAAAUAAAAACCAUUCGGAGCAAAGAGUAUGAAAAAAAACACCAGGAAGAAAACGAGGCCCAAUAUAUUGGAACAAAUAACAUCAUGAUGCCGUACAGGCAUAAGCAAUCGGAACCAAAAAUAGCAAUUCAAAAGAUGGAAGCAAAGCAGGAAAGAAUAGGAGAUCAAGCUGUCCCCUUUGAAAAGAGAAUACAUCUCUAUAACACCCCAACUUUAAUAGCCCAAAGAUCUCUAACUCCACUUGCUCAAAAACCCGCAACUGUUGAUAAAAUAAAGCCCAAAACCCGCGAAGAGUAUGAAAAAAAGCAAAACAUCAUAAGGCCGAAAAUGAUUAAAAACAAAGUUCAGACUACUGGUGGAAAUGUGAAAUUGAAACCAAAAGGAAAUGAAUCUUCUGGUUAUCUCUUGACACCAGCUGAAUAUAAAUCACAUCAAGAAAUUCUAAAAAAGAAUCCAUCUACAGUAAAUGUAGAGCACAAUUUGCUUGAGCAAUUUUACAAGGAUCAACACCAUACAAUAAAUUGGAAUACAAUCAAGCGCUUAGAAACGGCAUUUGGAAAAUAUACAAAAUUUAGAGCAAAAAUGAAAAGCCAGCAUCCGGAACCAUUUGGUCCGAUGCUUCAAAAAGAAGGUUCUGUGGUUUCAGAAUUUCAUCCAACUCUUAAAAGCACAUACGACUUACAUAGCACUAUUCCCAGCUCCAUUAUUUAUGGCGACAAUGUCUAUACCUAUCCUUUAAUACAAAGUAAAAAACCAGCUCAAUACACUAAAAGCUUUGAUAAAAUGCUUAGAAAUAAAAACAAAAAAAUUCCGGAACUUCAUCCGCUUCUCAAGUCAAGUAAUCGCUUGAAAGUUAUAACAUCAAAGGAUAGUAUUAAACUCCGGAAAAGAAAAACUACUAAAGUUGGAAGCAAAUUUUCAUGGUUAUCUAGACAUAAAAUAAAGUAUAGGCAAGGCCGCAGAACAAAACUUUUGAAAGAUCUUAUAAAAUAUAGUUUCGUCGCUAAACCGGAACUUCUUCCUGCUCUGAAAAGCAGAACGCAAUUGAUGGUUAGAAAUAAAAAAAAUGAAGGAGCAGGAAAAAUGUUCGGAACAGAUUUUGCAGGGCUUAAAAAGUCCCAGCUGAAAAAAGAAAAAGAUCCAAAUUAUGGAACUCGUACUUCCGACACCAACGGGCAUAAAAAUGUGCCGAAGUCAAAAGGUUCGAAGAAAGGGCCAACAAUGCUAUUUCAGAAAAUGUUGAAGGGCCAAGAAGCUGCUAUGCCGGAACUCAAGCCGAUUUUGAAGAGCAAUUACCAAUUAAAAGUAGAUAAAAAACCCCCCUAGCAACAAGGACUCAAUACCUUCUAGUUUUGAAAGUUUGUCCCAUCGUUCUUCCAAAAGGAUUUCUUCUCAACGAAAUUCGGAUGAUUCACAACAAUUUAAAAGAGACGAGAUGGAAAAAGAACCAACGAUUUUGAGACAUUUUCCGAAACUACAAACGCUACAAUUAGAAGUAGAUAAAAAACCCCCUAGAAUCAAGGACUCAAUACCUUCAAGUUUUAAAAGAUCCACCGAUACGGAAAAUCCAUUGUCCCACCGCUCUUCUAAAAGGAUUUCUUCUCAACGAAAAUCGGACGAUUCACAACAAUUUAAGAGAGACAAGAUGGAAAAAGAACCAACAAUUUUGAGAAAUUUUCCGAAACUAAAAAUGCUAAAGACCAAAGACAAAAGAUUAACAGAAAAAUACUUACCAAAGCGAAGGUAUACGAAAAAGGAUCGACCCCAAAA